AUGGCGGCUCGGAUUGUCCUCGCCCAAUCAGACUCGGACACGAUCAUCCUCUUAUUCCCGGUUUGGAAGGUGUAUCAGGCGCGGAAGAUGGAUCGCUAUAGUCUCAAAGGGGAAAUAGGGCGGCUAGAUAUGUUCAGGCAUCUGCAAUCAGUUCCCUUCGAUGCUUUAUCUAAAGCUCAGUCGAUCGAGGAAGACUCCUCUUCAUACGUUCAAUCCCCCACAUCCUCAAAGAGCACCCACUCUGAUCUUCGUUCUCAAUCCCAUCAGGGCUCUGAACUUAACCUUCUAUCUCUUUUGCAAGAUUCUUCAGCCCCAGAGGUGAUUGUAGCGGAACCGCUUCAAAUCAAAGACGGAAAUACCGCAGUUAAGUUACUAGAGGAAGAUCAGAGAGCAGCCCUAGUCAAGAAGAUUCAUAGGAAGAAGUGGAUUCGAGAUGCGAUGGGGCACGUUGGAAGACUUCUUGGCCUAUCAUUCGGAGAUUGUCCAGAAGAUUUCCUCGCCCUUUUCCAAUGCGUCAAAGCUAGAGGUAGAUUUCUAGACCCUAACAGAACUCCUCAGAAGCGCACCCCAAGGGUAGGCAAAAAUAAGAAGCUGAAGUGGAAAGGCAGUUCCUCAAAUAGCAUAGCUGAUCUCAGGCCUAGAGAGAGACUAAAGGGACUGUGCAGCCCACAGAUCAUCUGUCUCCAGGAGACCAAAGUUAAAGUUCUUGAUGAUCGUCUGAUGAAAACUCUUUGGAAGGCUUCAGACGCCAAAUGGGUGGCAAAAGAUGAUUCGGGUAGUUCAAGGGGUAUCCUCAUCGCUUGGCGUACUGCUUUCUGGUCUCUCGUGAAGAGUACUACAGGUGAUUUCUCAGUUUCAGUUAUUCCAAGAAACAACGACUCAGCAGCAAACUUUCUCAUCUAUUCUGUUCAUGGCCCCACCAACAAUGCUCUAAGGGAUGCCUUCUGGAAAGAACUGACCUUGGUCCGCCACAGUUUCGACGGUCCAGUGUGCUUCGUUGGUGAUUUCAACGCCACCAGAUUCGCGAAUGAGAAAUCAUCUAGUCUCAAAACAAAGACCCACAUGGUGGCCUUUUCCUCAUGGAUUGAUAGCAAUGGGACCACAUUUGAUCAUUGGCCCUUGCUUCUUUCUACUGAGGAGGUAGACUGGGGUCUGAAGCCUUUCCGCUUUGAUAUUUCUUGGUUGCAUCGGGCAGGUUUCAAAUCUAUGGUGACAGAAUGGUGGAAGGAGCUCCAGUCUCAAGGCUUUGCAGGCUUCAGACUUUGCUCCAAACUUAAGGUGCUUAAAGAAAAACUCAGGCAGUGGAACAAGGAGGAAAGAAGAACAUCUGAAAGGGACAUGGACUCAAUCCUUUCGAAAAUUCAACAGAUCGACAGUCAUGCAGAAAGCAAUCCAAUGACAAAGGAAUCCCUAGCGAAAAGAAUUCAGCUCGUCCAACUUCUCUCAGCCAAAGUCCUAGAAGAUGAAAUUUCUUGGAAGCAAAAAGCUCGUGCCAAGUGGAUCAAGGAAGGUGACAGGAAUACCAAGUACUUCCAUAGUAUCACCAGUAUGCACGCCAGAGUGAAUCGCAUUAACAGCAUAAUGCUCAAUGGCUAUCUGUCUGAGGACAGAGAGACUAUCUCUCAGGAAGCCAUCUCCUAUUUUCAAGGCCUCCUCCAAAAUGAGGGCUGGUCCAGACCUCGGCUGGACAACCUCUCGCUUCGAAUUAUAAGUGAAGAAGAUGCAUCGGCCCUGGAGCUUCCGUUCUCAAUAGAAGAGGUUAAAGAGGCUGUGAACGCCUUAGAGGGAGACAAAGCGCCCGGCCCCGAUGGUUAUCCGAUCCAAUUUUUCCAAAUCUUCUGGGAUCUUCUUCAGGAAGAGGUGAUGGAGUUCCUCAAUGAAUUUCAUGCUAGAGGGAGAAUCUCUACUAAUAUAGGGGCGACCUUUAUCGCGUUGGUGCCCAAGUUCUCGGGAGCUUCAGAAUUCAAAGAUUUCAGACCUAUCAAUCUCAUAGGAAGCUUAUAUAAAAUCUUGGCUAAGACUCUAGCUAACUGUCUGCUUAAAGUCAUUGGGCCAAUCAUCAGUCCUAAUCAGUGCGCUUUCAUCUCGGGAAGACAAAUAAUCGAUGGGUCCCUCAUUGCAAAUGAAUGUCUCCAUUCCAAUCAUCGAUCCAAGAAGAAAUUUAUUUUCUGCAAUUUGGACAUGGAAAAGACCUACGAUCACGUAGACUGGGACUUUCUUCUUUAUAUGAUGAAGCGUAUGGGUUUCGAUGAGGUAUGGAGAAAAUGGAUCAAGGAAUGCAUCAGCUCGACACGUUUCUCUAUUCUCCUAAACGGAUCACCGAAAGGAUUCUUUAAAAGCUCGCGUGGUCUACGUCAAGGAGACCCUCUGUCUCCCUUUCUUUUCCUAAUCAUCGGUGAAGCCUUAUCUUCAAUGCUUCUUAAAGGUCAAACGAAAGUUAUUAGAUGUUUUGCAGCGGUAGCAGGGCUGAAGGUGAACAUGUUCAAAUUUAUAAUCUACGGAGUCAAUAUGGACAAUCAGGAGGCUGCGUGGAAAUGUCAUUGCCUAUCUAUCGGUGGCCGGCUCACGCUGAUUAAAGCAGCGUUAUCUAAUCUCCCAACUCACUUCAUGUCUUUGUUUCGCUGCCCUGUUACGGUCCUUAAAUCCAUAGACUCCCUCAGGCGCAAUUCCCUCUGGCGCGGGAAGGAUGACAAGAAGAAUUUCAAUCUGAUGGAAUGGAGACAAGUAUGCAAACCGAUAACAGAGUAUGGCGCAGGCAUAAAGGAAUUAAAAACGAUGAAUCGGGCUCUCUUAGGGAAAUGGAUUUGGAGACUUGGUACGGAAAAGAACAGUCUAUGGAAUAAAAUUAUAAAAGGCAAAUAUGGGAGUUCGGAAGGAGAUUGGUGGACUUCGGAGUCUUCUUUGUAUAGGACUUCCGCGAUCUGGAAAGGCAUUUAUCGCCUGAAAAAAGAUGUCAUCCAAAGGAUAGGUUUUACAGUAGGCAAAGGUGACUGCAUCCACUUUUGGACGGAUAUCUGGCUUGGAGACAACCCGCUGAAAGAGAAAUUCCCCUCCAUUUUCCGCCUUGCCGUGAAAAAGAACAGUUUAAUUGCUGAUAACUAUUCUAUCGUAGCAAAUAGAGUGAUUUGGAAUAUUAAAUGUCGUAGGAACUUGGAGGAUUGGGAAAUUAGUGAGUUUGUAGAGCUUCUGGACUACGUGCAUCAUGCUAUUCCGAACCAAUCUUUGAAGGACAGUCUAACGUGGAAAGCUGACAAAUCCUCAGUUUUCACGGUCAGAUCUCUUUACACGCAUCUUAGGUUAAGUGAAGGGAAUAGAAAGUUCCUAAUCAAUACACUUCCUAGUUACAUCACAGGCAGAAGGGCUCAUCGUCGACAUUCUGCCACGUGGGUGGGGGAAUCCCUUACAUUCUCUGGUGUCAUGGAGCAAAUGUGUUGA